CGAAGUAUCGUUGUUCGGCGAGAGGAAUCCCAGGGAGUCAACAGCAACUAGUUAAGAACUGAAUAGAAACGUAUCCACACGAUAUUCCGCUUUGAAUAUUACAAAUUGUUAAUCGACCAUGAAAGGGAAGUUGAAAAAGUUCUUCAGCGGUAGGAACCUGUCGUCUGAGAUCUCCGGAUCCUUCGAUGGUGAUGCUGCUGCGCACGACUCGUUGCUUGGCAGCAACAAGGAGGAGGAUGACUGGGAUGCAUGGAGCAUUGACAAGAAAAAUGACGAUGCGAGUGAUCCGGGCCGUGGUCGUCUAGACCGUCGGGCGGGAACGCGACGAUCGCAUUCGGAACGUCCGUCGAGGAGAAAGCGCUCGAAAAGCGAGGUGAGCAAGAGGCUCAAACGAUUGGAAGGUGAUUUCAUGACCGCUCUGAACUCAUCGAAGAAGAAAUUCAGCAGCAAAAGUGUGGGUGGCGUCUUUAAAGGAAAAAGUUCGGACGUUCGUUCGAGAAUUGAUUCUCUAGCGCUGGAGCGCUCUACAUCUGAUUCUGCAUUCGAUACCAGCAACAUCGACAGAUCCAAAUCGGAAUCGAACUUUGGGCCGAAAUCCACUAAAAAACUGCGCGGAGGACGACGCAAAUCAAUGCUUGACGAACCUACUACGAAUAACGUCUCUACUCGGACCCGAACUAGGUCAUUGUCCAGAGGGAGACGCUCUCUCAAGGCCGACGACCGAGAAGGAAGUUCCUCCCAGCGUUCUUUCUCGAAAGCCAGGAGAUCGGGCUCCAAGAAACCAUCGAGCAAACGAUCGAUCUCGAAGCCACGAAAAUCAAAAUCCACGCAGGACUUUCCCGAAUUGAUCCAACGAGACUCAUCCGAAGGACAGAACAGUGUCUCGACCAUGACCAAGGAAUCGAAGCAGAAAAAGAAGAAGAAGAAGGACAAAAACAUGGACAAGGACAAGGACGAGAGAAAGCAAGCUGGUGAUGAUUUUUCCGUACCAUCCAAGGUGGAAAUGAAUGGCGACUGUGAAAGCCAAGGAAGUAUUACCAUGCACGAUAGCAUUAAGCUGGAAGAACCAACCCGUUCCAAAAAGGGAAAGGACAAAGAAAAGAAGGAAAAAAAGGAAAAGAAGAAAAAGAAGCGAAGCAAAUCGAAAAGCAGUUUUCCAGAUCUUCCUCCAGACGAUUUUGGCGAUGGUCUGGAAGGACUUGCAGAAGAGUUUAGAAGAUCUAAGCAAGCUUAUAGCAAAACUGGCUCUGAAGGAAUGCCUUCCGGGGAACUCCCUCACGGGGAAGACUCGAACUACACGAAAGUUAAUAGCAUGUUCGAGAGCGCUUGGACUGGAAUGGAAAGCGGCAAUGCAAAUGGCGAUUCGAGGAAUCCUUUCGAAGACGAAAAGAAACACAACACGGAAGAUGAUAUUUUGCGACAAGCGGUCGACUUUGAGGUGAAACAAGCCGACACCACGAAUGAAAAGAACGAAGAGAUAUUGAGACUUCAACAGGAGCUUUCGGCUGCGUUACAAAAACAGUUGAAAAUGUCGGAAGAGCAUAUUGAAGAAAGAAAUGAAUUCAUGCAAGUUUCGAGAGACCUCGACCGUUUGAAAGUUGAACUUGCAGAAUCACAAGCCGAGCGCGGUGAAGUUAUGGAAGAAUUGAAACAGCGCGAUGAGGUGAUCGAAAACGAUAGGAACCGGAUUGCUGAUCUGGAACAAGCAAUCGACGAUCAACUUGGAAAGGAGGAAGAACUAGUGAAAAAUCUUCACCACUCAGAAGAAGAAAUCGAACAUUUAUUGGAAGAAAUACAGAAGUUCGAAAAGAAGUUGGACAACGGCGAAACGGAUGGCGGAGGAGCUUCUUUCGUCGAGCUGCGCAAUACGAAGAAAGAAUUGACGGACAGGGAAGAGGAAGUCGUUGCGUUAACGGCAAAGAUUGGGCUGCUUGAGAACGAGUUGAAAGAAUCACUGACUGUCCCUCAACUCCAAAUUGAAGAGCUGGAUCAAGAAAACAAAGCAUUGCAAGGGAGGUUGAAAGGAGAACGACUAGAAUACACAUCCAAGCUGUCAGCCAAGGAUGACAUCAUUUCAAAUCUCCGGUCAGAGCUCAACACUUUUACUUCCACUCCCGACGCCCAAGACCUUCAAUCCGCACGACAAAAACUGACCGAGGCUCGAGAAGACGCUACUCAGGUCAGAGAAGAUCUUGCCAGGACCAGGAAAUAUGUUGAAGAGAUCCAGGGAGAUCGAGAAGAUUUAGUUGAGAAAUACAACUUAUUGAAAGACAAGUCUGUCUUUAUGGAAAAGACUGUGAAGGAUUUGAGCGAAAAGUCGGAUAAUCUGGCUAAAAAACUGCUCGUGUGGACCGAAAAAACUUAUGACUGGAAGAAGAAGGCAGAGGCAGCAGAACGAAAAUUACAGGAGCAGAAGGCUAGCAAAGACAAAGGUGGAAGCGAAACGAAAAGCGCGAAUGCACCCGGAGAUCCCCAAACUAUGUUUUUGCAGGCCGCKAUGGAGAAAGGCAAACCCGAAAAGAAAUCUGGCUCGUGGGGAAUAUUCAAGAAUGGCUCCGGAGACCAAGACUCGUCUCCCGAAGAAGGCGAACUUCGUGCACUUCGAGACAAGAACCUAGAGUUCGAAGCAAAGAUUGCACAACUGAACAGCGACCUCGUCAAGAUGCAAACGGCGCACAAAAACGAGCUGUACAGCACCAAGAAAAAGAUUGCGCAGUUGGAGGGCGAGAACGACGCACUCGUCCUGCAAAAUGCCACCCUCUCGCAGCUAAGCCAGAGGUGAUCGCUCCCAGGCACGAACUGUAUUUAUAUUAUUGUAUUCACAAUCAAACCUAUACCAAGCUCGCGCAAUAACAUAUUUAAAGAAAC